AUGUCUCCUGCAGCAACAACGAGAGGCCCAGUGCGUGUUGGCGGCGCGAGCGGUGGAUUCUCCGACAGAGUAUGCGCCAUCAGCCAGCUAGCCAAGAAUGGCGAGUGCGAUAUCAUCAUCGGGGACUGGCUGUCUGAAAUGACCAUGACCGUCCAUGGCGUCGGCAAAGUGCGCAACAAGCAAGAGGCCAAGUCUCUCUCGCUGGAGGAAAGGGUGAAGACCGCCAUGUUCGCAGAGAACUUCAUUGACUGCUUCGAACCCGCCAUUCCACAUCUAUAUAACAACAAGGUGAAGCUAGCAGUCAAUGCCGGAGCCAGUGAUACUGAGAUUCUGGCGGAGCUGGUGAAGAAGAAGUGUGAGGACGCCGGUUGCCCCAUGAAAGUCGCCUGGCUGGAAGGGGACGAUGUGACAGAUGCAGUCAGCGACUUGGUCGGCAAGGGUGAAAAGUUCGAGAGUCUCGUCCAUGGCAAGAAGCUUGAGGAAUGGGGAUUCGAGCCCGUCUGUGCUCAGGCAUACCUGGGUGGUCUUGGGAUCGCCAAAGCCCUAACAGAGGGAGCUGAUAUCGUCAUCUGCGGACGUGUUGCCGACGCAUCGCCAGCGAUUGGAGCAGCAGCAUGGUGGCAUCAAUGGGGCCCUGAGCAGUUUGACGAGCUAGCCAGUGCCCUCGUCGCUGGCCAUCUGAUUGAAUGCGCCUCGUAUGUGUGCGGUGGCUACUACUCGGCGUUCAAGGAUCUCCUGCGGGCGAAGAAGCACUUCAACGUCGGCUUUCCCAUCGCCCAUAUUGAACAUACCGGCGAGACUCUUCUGACCAAGGAAGCCAAUACCGGUGGCUGCAUCACAGUCGGCUCUGUGACCUCGCAGCUGGUCUACGAAAUCCAAGGUCCCCUGUACUACAACUCCGAUGUCACUGCACAGCUGGAGGGCAUCCGCAUGGAGCAGGUUGGUGAAGACCAAGUACGAAUUACAGGCGUCAAAGGUCUCCCUCCUCCUCCGACAGCCAAAGUCGGGAUCACCGCACCAGCAGGCUACCAGGCCGAGUACCACGUCUACCUUGUUGGGCUGGACAUCGAGGAGAAGGCAAAGUUUACUGAAGACCAGGUCCGCGAAUCCUUGGGCCCUGAGAUUCUGAAGAAAUUCACGCUGCUCAAGUUCCAUGUCAACGGUUCGUCGCCCAUCGACGCGCGCAAUCAAGAUCUUGCGACGGUGGACUUCCGCAUCUUCGCCCAGUCUCGCGAUAAAGAUCUCCUGCGAAUGACCAAUCCAGAUGGCUUCUUCCGGCGAUCAAUGGUGACCUUCCUCGAGGGUGUCCCGGGUGCUUCCCUUGGAAACGACAUGAGACAGGCCGAGGGCAAGCCAUAUUACCGCUACUGGCCUGCCCUGUUGCCACAGACUGCACUCAGGCAGCGCCUGCAUUUUCUAUACGACGAUCAGAAGAUAAUCGACAUCCCCGCUCCCAAGAUCACACGCGAGUACCCUCGCCAGCAGCCCAGCUAUGAGACCACAAACCCGGUUGACCUGUCGACCGUUGGCGAGACAGUCCGGGCACCGCUGGGAUACAUCGUGCUUGGACGGAGUGGCGACAAGGCGUCCGACUGCAACGGCGGAUUCUUCGUGCGACAUGACGACGAAUGGGACUGGCUACGCAGUUUCCUGACGGUCAAAAAGAUCAUCGAACUGCUGGGCCCAGAGGAGUACAAUGGCAAGCCGAUCGAUCGGUUUGAGAUUCCGCAUAUACGCACCGUCCAUUUCCUGCUCAAGGACCACAUGCAGGGCGAGUAUAACGCGUGCUCCAGCUACGAUACCUUGGGGAAGAAUUUCAUGGAGUAUAUACGGGCAAAGACAGUAGACUUGCCCAAGCGUUUCCUGGACAGGGGGCGAGUUUAG